ACAUUAUACCUUAAAAUGUACCUGUCUUUUUUCCCAGGUGUGCCUUUGGUGUAUGAGUCAUUUAACUGGCGUCACGGUGUGUUUGUGGGUGCAGCCAUGAGAUCUGAAUCCACAGCUGCUGCUGAACACAAAGGUAAAGUAAUCAUGCAUGACCCCUUUGCCAUGCGUCCUUUCUUCGGUUACAACUUCGGUGACUACUUGGCCCACUGGUUGAGUAUGGGGACGCGCAAGGGCCAGACCCAACUCCCCAAGAUCUUCCACGUCAACUGGUUCCGGAAAGAUCAGAAGACCGGCUCUUUCUUGUGGCCAGGGUUUGGAGAGAACGCCCGCGUCCUCGAGUGGAUCUUCAAACGAUGCGGCCGUACCAGUAAAGACGAGGCUGCCACCAAAAGCAUUGUGGGAUGGAUUCCACAAAACGGUGCCAUAAACACAGAAGGCCUGGGUGGAAAUAUCGAUAUGGGUGCCCUCUUUGACCUGCCCAAACCCUUCUGGCAGAAGGAAACACAGGAGCUUCGGACCUACUUCGCCCAGCAGGUUGGAGCUGAUCUGCCCGCACAAGUGGAAGGAGAGCUGAGGGCGCUGGAGGAGAGAGUGAGGGAUUGAACAGAUGCUACAUUACAUUGAUGUUGUGCAGAUGUGAAGAAUAGGAUGGGAUGAGGUGGAGGUAACUGUUUUAAUGUGACUGUUGCACUGCAGUGGAUGCUGCACCUGAGAAACACAAAACCAAAAAGUUCACAAGAUGCCAUCAGUGUUAUCAAUACCUAGGUGCCUUAUUUGAUCUUACAGUAGAAGCUAAAAACUCUAUUUAAUGUUUAUAAACUAUGUCCCAAAAUGUCUUUUAGAUUAUUUUACUAAAACAAGACCACAUUAUGAAUUUAAACCACAGCAUCUUCAAAAUAUAUAUAGUUUAAGAGCACACUACCUAAUAUCUGUUGAUUUUGAGCAAAGAUAUUAGACAUGUCUUCAAGGAGAGCACCAAUACGAUCAUUUUUUACUCACCUAAUGAAAGCUGAAGUUUUAUUUCUAACGAUUUUGCCUUUUAUCAGUGGAAUUUGAUUGACAUGAAUCAGGUUGAGCUUGGGUUGAGCUUUCCGGACCAAAGAACACAGACAAGUCUCAGUCAUUGAAUGUGUGCAUGUUUUUACAUGAGCUGACUGAAUAAAUACAACUCUAAACCAAA